GACACCUUAAUAUCGCAAACACAGUCCAAUCUGCCCUUCAUGUUUGAUUCUAUCUCUCAUGGUAUUUAAGUGUCGGGGUAUUUUAGGAUAAAGUGGUCACGAUCAGACGGAUUUCUGCCCGCAUUGGUGGGGAAUAUCUCAACAAGAUUGAUGGCACGUUCCAUCAUUGGAAGGAGCUAGAGUUUAAUUAGUACCCUUGCGGUCGUGGACUCGGCGCGAGCGCGGAGCGCCUACAUUAUUAUCAUCUCGGGCUCGUGUAAUUCAAGGUCAGAAACCAUGAUACCUCUAUAGUACGUACACCUCCUACCAGUUCACAGUUGAUAUUUGAAACGGAGUUAAUGUCACCCACCUAUAUAGCUGGAGACCCAUCUGGUACCAACCACACUCUCAUUCAGUCGAAUUAACCGCUACCUGUCGAGAUGAACUUUAAAUCACUUGCCGCCCUCCUCACUGCUGCUGCAGUCCCUCAGGUCGUAGUCGCGGGUCCGCUCUCCUAUGCUAUUUGUCAGACUGGAUGCAAUGGCGUGGCUGUAGCUUGCUACGCCGGCGCAGGCUUCGUAUUCGGGGUCGCACUCCCUUUAGCACCCCCUGCAGUGCUUGCAUGCAAUACUGCCCUUGGGGGGUGUAUGGCGGCUUGUGCCGUAGUCGCGUUUAUGCCCAUUCCCUGAGUGGGCGCAAUCGUGAAUGUGGCGAUGAGAACCCACAUGCCCUCAUUUCCGUGAUGAGAAAGAACUACAUCUGAUUCGGUCUACAGCACCAGAAAUACAACCAUGGACUCUUAUGUAUCUUGCUCUCCGAGUCGUUUGUCUUUAGUUGGUUCGAGUUGCACGCAGCUGAGAGUCUAUGUCUCGCCACUGUUUCUAUUUCACACUAGCUACGGUGUCUAGACUCCAUGAUUCGUACUCAAAGUCUCAAACUUCGGCAGAAAAUUACAAAUUUAUGAACAUGCUGUUGUUGGGCAAAA